AGCAGCACCAGGCUGCCGUGAGCGUGAUGAGCCACGGAGCCAAGUAGAGGAAGAAAGCGGGGACGUCACAUAGAUGCAAGCAGCAGUAGCUGCCUUCGCCGCUAAUCACACAACAUUACCUAGUAGCCGCGACAAGCUAACCUUGCCGUGCUCUACAUGCUUCACCUUUGAUACAUCAUCUUCCAUCUGAAUCGGCACAUUUGCAUUCAACAACAUUGAUUCAACAAUUUUGGAGCACGGGGAAUAUUUUUUUUUUUUUUACCGUCCCAAAUAUCAAUUUGUUCCCCUCCUCUCGCAUCGAACAACAGUCUGACUUGGCUAGCGUCAGGCUAGGCAGCUAGCUAGCUAGCUACUCGUAUCGCUAACGGUGGUUAGCUAGCUAGCGAGCUGCGGUAACUUGCGUCAUGGACGAAUUACUAGUGGAAGUAAGGGGGACAAGUGGUGCCUUUUAUAAGGCUUUUGUGAAGGAUGUUGAUGAAGGAUCAGUCACAGUAGCAUUUGAAAACAACUGGCAGCCGGAGCGCCAGAUCCCAUUCCAGGAUGUACGAUUUCCUCCUCCAACAGGGUUCUGCAAAGAGAUAAAUGAGAGCGAUGAGGUUGAGGUGUAUUCCAGGGCGAAUGACAAGGAGCCAUGUGGAUGGUGGCUGGCCAAAGUUCGCAUGGUCAAAGGAGAGUUUUAUGUCAUAGAGUAUGCUGCAUGUGACGCAACGUUAAAUGAGAUUGUGACACUGGAAAGGUUACGGCCUAUCAAUCCAAACAAACUAGCCACCAAAAAUACCUUCCUCAAGAUUAGACUGGAUGUUCCUGACGAUCUACGGCAGAUGUGCUCCAAGGAAUCUGUGCACAAAGACUUCAAAAAGGCUGUGAGAGCAUUCAGUGUCACCUACGACUCAGAGAAGAAACAGCUAGUCAUCUUGUCAGUGAAUGAGAUCACGGCAAAGCGGGCCAACAUGAUGAGCGACAUGCACUUCAGAAGCCUCCGCACCAAACUGUCCCUCAUGCUGAGGAAUGAGGAGGCAAACAGACAACUGGAGAGUUCCAGGCAGCUGGCAUCACGGUUCCAUGAACAAUUUGCAGUUCGUGACGAUUUGAUGGGGCUUGCCAUUGGAACUCAUGGGGCCAACAUUCAGCAAGCUCGUAAAGUCCCUGGAGUCACUAAUAUAGACCUGGAUGAAGAAACGUGCACCUUCCAUAUUUACGGAGAGGACCACGAAGCUGUUCGUAUGGCCAGAAGCUUCCUGGAGUUCUCUGAGGAUGUCAUCAAAGUUCCACGGAACUUAGUUGGAAAGGUGAUUGGGAAGAGUGGAAAACUGAUCCAAGAAGUGGUUGAUAAAUCUGGUGUGGUGCGGGUUCGUAUUGAGCCAGAGAAUGACAAAAAGCCCUCAGCGACAUCGGUAACGGUGGCAGCGGCAGCGGCAGCAGCAGCAGCAGCUGCAGCAUCAUCAGGAGGAGAUGAGGGAUUGGUGCCGUUUGUAUUUGUGGGGACCAAGGAAAGCAUCUCAAAUGCAACGGUACUGCUGGACUAUCAUCUCAACUAUCUUAAGGAGGUGGACCAGCUUCGUCUGGAGCGUCUUCAGAUCGACGAGCAGCUGAGACAGAUAGGAGGCGGGGCCAGUGUUGGAGGGACGGGCCCACGAAAUCCUAAAGACAAAAGCUACGUGUUUGAUAACGGCACAGGCCUUGGAAGAGGAGCAGGAGGGAAGCCCUAUGGAGGAGGAGGAGGAAGAGGCAGCCGAGGUCGAAGAGGAGGGGGUGCAGCGUUUGCUUCAGGCACCAACUCCGAGGCAUCCAAUGCUUCAGAGACAGAGUCAGACCAUAGAGACGAGCUUAGCGAUUGGUCAUUGGCUCCCACUGAGGAGCUGAUGACAGGAGGUGGAACUUUGCCCAGACGGACGGACGGGAGGAGGAGAGGAGGUGGAGGGGGACCUCGAGGACGAGGGGGAAGAGGAAGAGGAGGAUAUAAAAGUGACGAUGUACAGUGGAGUGACCCUAGGCCUCGUCAUAGCAGAGACCCCAAGACGAGAGCACAGGAAGACACCCUUCAGAUUCGUGUGGAUGGGAACAAUGAACGCAGCGUGCAGCAUUCCUCAGGAGGGAGAGGAGGGUCAUCUUCAUCACAAGGUGGCAUCAGUGCCAGCGGUGAGGGCCCGCCACGCAAUCAUCACCGGCCCAUCAGAGACCGAGGGAUGAAGAAGGAGAAACAGGACGCUCCCCCACUGGUGAACGGAGUGUCGUAGAUACGCCACUGGAGGACCUUCUCUCUUUGACACAUAUACUCAGAAAGAACACACAUCCUCUCACACAAACACAUCAAUAACACAAAACACAACCAGUCAUUAACCAUCCACAGUUAUCCCCCUCCCCCCCCAACACACUUUUUUUUUUUUAGACAGAAGGUUCCAUUCCAUCAUAAGAGGCUUAUUGUAGUGAAGACUGCUGCUGGUCUUCUUUGUCAGCGAACUGCACACUACAGUGUCAGUGCAGUGUCGAGGGCUGGUCUGGGACAAAAUGGAUGUUUUUCUCUUGCAGUGAGAAAACAAUGAAGCCUCCCGACCAGCAAACCUUCUGUCGAAACACAUCUAACAUUCAGUUAAAUGCACCGCUUCUCCUUUACUAGCGCAUUAAGCAAGAUGGUGACGCUGUGCAUGCGAGCCUUCACUGUCUCCGCUUCUUGAAGUUUAGUACUUGUACUUCAACUUACUCGAACAUUUUCCAUGUGGUUAGGGCACAAUGAGGGCAGUCUGUUUGACAUGCUUGGGGAUCAAGGGAAGGGGCUUCUGUCCUCAACUCUGGAAGAGUUAGGUGGUAAAGUAUGGGCAAUAUCUUACUUGACACAUCAAUUUCAGCUUCUGUAAUUGCUUGUAUUGUAUUAAACUUGCAAAGAAUUGUAAUAAGUGACACACAUACUAACAAAAUGACCCUUUGUCAGAUUGUCAUCCUGCAGCAGGGUAAGUGUGUGUUUAAGACCCAGUGUUGGACAUCUAAUCCACACACUUGUCUUUGCUCCACCACCUGAGCGUGAUUUUACAUUAGGCUCCUUUUGUUAGGCAGGGCAACAUGAACACUUCCCAACUAAUUUUCCCUGCUUAGAUCGGUAGGCCCCUGUUCUCUGUGGACAACAGUUAACAGCACACAGCUGAAGUUGUGAACUUCAGUGUUGGAGAAAAUCAGAGGGCUGGAAUCCAACAUAACAAAUCAUGGAUUUCAUAAUGUCAUGGUAGAAAAAACCUUUUACUGAGUUAAAGCAGGAGAUAUUUUUAGACUUAACCUCUAGGAUCUGUUCUUAGUCCUAAUAGCCUUGUCGAAUAAACCACCCCUCGUUCUGUGAUUUAGGUUGGAGUAGGUAUUUUUUGGUGGCUCUCAUCAAGAGUCACACACAUAUUGUUUUGUCCCCAAUUCCAACAAGAAGUGUUUUCAGUUGGCUUGUUUUUGUAGAUCAAAUCAGUCUCCCAAUGUGUAUGAGCCAACAUAAGUCCACGGCACAGUUGUCACAAUCAUGAAAGUGGCAUGAAUUCCUGUUUUGAUUCUUCAUUUUACAUUUAGCUUAACUGUUUAGAAUCGUGUGUGUGUACAUAGUACAUUAGAAUUGUAAAUUACAACCAGUCAUUACGUCGAACAAAUUGUGUCAACAUGUUUAUGGCGUCAAUCAUUAACGAUCAAUUUGGAUGCCACUUUUUCUGUUUGACAUGGUGGCUGAUGCUAUUCAGCCGUCAGUUACUAUGUUCCUGCGAUAUAUGUAACACAUCCUGGUGUGCGAAUGUGUGUGUGCGGGUGUAACCGUAAAGUUAACUAAAACUUUUCAAGCCACAGCAUAAACUCUUUUGGAUCCUUAAAGGGGACCAAUGAACAUUCUACUGUACAUUUAACACAACUCCUUUUGGUCUAGAUAUUAUCAAAUAUGCUUUGGUGUACAUUUUGCAUAAAUCAUUCUUCACAGUCAUAUUUAUAACCCAUAUUUUGUGUCCGAUGCCCCAUCCUUUCCAGUAUCAUUUAUCUCAUCAAAAUGUACACAGUUAUAUACUGUAUAUCUUGAAGAUGAACAAUACCACUAUUUGUUUUUAAGUCAUGCUCAGAAGUAAACUUCAUAAACAAUAUAUAGAUUUGCCGGUCACAGCAUUAGGUACACCUGCCCACUCAGAGAUAAUAAAAGAAACACAGCAUUUACCCUACCCUACAUGCUGCACGUUGGUAAAAAUAAUAUUUUAUAAAGUGGUAAUGUCACAAUGUUGCUGUCUUUCAUUGGAGUUUAGGAGCUUAUCCAACUUGUACUUAGUGGACCAUGUUGACAAAACAGUCCCGUGUUGGGUACAAAUAAAUAUGGAUGUAUAUAUUUUAAAGACAUCAGAGCAGGCAAGUUAUCAUAAAAAGAGAAGAACUAACGCUGGAGGCUCCAGACAUCAGCAUUAAAGAGCAGAGCAGAGAGCAUGAACUAGAAAUGCCCACAUUAGUAUAUCCGUCAAUCUGUGAUGUCACAAAUGGCCCAUUGUUUAAAACAGCGUUCAGAGGCAUCUACAACUGUCUAAGCUCACGUCCAAAUGAAUGAACCUUAUGAUAUGACGCUUUGACAUUGUUUCACCCUAGUAUCCCACAUUGUAACAACUUGUCUAAGUCGGAAAAGAGGAACAUCAUUAUCGGCCCCCUGUAAUGUUGAGUCAGAUUCACAGCUCCUGAGGCUUUUAAUAGGAUGUUUUUAUCUCUGUGCCUUGGAUUUAUGCUAUUGUUUGGCUCUUUCACAAGCACUGACUGCUUGGUAUUUUAUAUUUAGACCUUUGCAACACUAGUUUCUGAUUUUCUCCUCCCACAAGUCUUAGUGUCUGGUCUCAUGGUAUGUAUUUCAAUACUCGCUGUGCUUUUUUUCUGAGGCCAGUAUUUCCUUGCCACUGUGCUUAUUUUGUCAGAAGUAUGGAAUAAUGGUGGUUUAUUUCUCCCUAGUCCUUUACAUUCUAACCGCAGCCUAGCUGCAUUUUUACAAUUAGCCUUUUCUGCAAAGCAUCCAAAAGCGAUUCUAGUAGAAAUAACCUUUUUACUAUCCAUAGAACAUCAAAUAAAUUGUGUUGUUUCAAGAGAGGGAGAGAGAGAGAGGGGUGGCAUACUGUAUAUAAUGAUGUCAUUUUUUUGUUUGAGGAAAAACUAUUUGUAAUAUUGUUUCAAAUGUGCACUUAUCCUAAUUUUCUCUCUUUUUUGCUGUUUGAUAUCAGUUGAAUGCUAGAUCUCUUGAUAAUAAACUUGCUGUAAAAAGUAUCCUCCACAGCAGGGUUGAGUGACAUUGAUAGUGAAAUGUUUAAAAGUGUGUUAGAAUAUAGGGGAAAAACGGAAACAAAUGUUCCAAAGACUGUCGAUUGUUGCAGUCCAUUUACCAUCGAUCAGACGAUGACUUAAAAAUCUCAAAUAUUCCAGCCGGUGUCAACCCUUGGUUAUUUGUGACUAUGGCUUUGACAAGCAAACGUUUUCGCUCGUUCCCAGUCAGCUAAAUACUCAAAUAUUGUCAGGAAUUGUAACAAUAUGGCAAUUGGACUUUUCUUAUUUGUUGUUGAGUUGUUCAGUUCUCAAUUUUAGAUAUGGCGUCUCUAGUGAAUGCCGUCACAAUAGUGUUGACAAUGGCUGGCAAAUGGUUGUCCUUCUUACCAGUAGGUCAUUGGCCUGGCUGGUAGAAAAAAACAUUUGUCUCAUUCCACGGGAGUGUGGAUACAAGCAAUCUUUGGGGGAGAGAUAUAAGCAGACAAUAAACAACCACCUCUGUUUCAAGGGGGACACAACACUAUUGCGACUACCCACCGGGGACAUAAAUAUGAAAGGUGGAUUGUCCAACAAACAAGAAAAGUCCAGUUGCCGCCAUUCAACCUUUGUGUAUUAACAUGAUCUGGAUGACUUAGAAUCUUAUUGUGUUAAAAACUCAUUUCCCAAAAAUGUCUUGGGUUUCCAUUCCAAUAUUACAUAGUGUUUAACUGAAUCAAUAAUGUAACAAAGAUAUUCCUCCAGUUUUCUAAUAGAUGAAUAGCUGUCCACAUGUAGAUCUAGUAAGCCAGCACUCUGGAAUAAUACUGCGGUUCACAAUAACCGUGACAUUACCAACACUUCUUUCACACCCAGGAGAACGGUUUAAGUCACUAUGCUGCAACUGAUUUACUGUACGGUUGGACUCCAGCCUUAAUAUAUGAUACACUUUGUAAAACCUGAUGUCAGCUUUACUGCAACAGAAUGAGUUGAAUAGAUUUGUGUGCAUUGUUUUGUUUUAGUUGAUAAUACUAACAAAUGGUGUUGCAAAAAAGGUUUGUACUAUAGUAACAAAGAAAAAAAUACGUUAAGGAGAAGGCGAGGAAACUGUUGCAUGCUGCCCAUUUAUUGUAAAGAACCGGAGGGAAGUAUCUGUGGAAAUUGAUUCAAUUUAAAGAAAGGAGUUUUAUAGCAUUCAAUAUUGAGGAUGAGUACAUGUUACCACGGUCAAUUGAAGAAACUGAAAGUAAUGGUGAUACUUUCAAAGCAGUUUAAGCUUGGAAGUUUCAACAAAAGCUGUCAUUUCCUAUCGAUAGGUUUUUGCAUAACAAUUGUACAUAAAUGAUGCCACUUAACUAAAAGUUGCAGCAUGAAUUGGAAGUCCAAUGGCUGUCCACUUCCUAAUAAAAACAAACGUUUUCACAGGACUACCAUGAAGUAAACUGGACAUGACUUUUAUCACCUAUCGAUGCAUUGCAGUUUUAAUGAGUCGAUUUUGUACAACAAGGUUGAAAGAUUCAAUUGACAGUAGGACUAAAAACGGUUCUCUAAAGGUUAGUUUGUAUGAAUGUAUGUCAAUGGUGUCAACCUACUAAGUGUACCUUCAACAUUUCUAGGGAGUCAAUUUUUUUACCCGCGACUCACUGCAAGCCGAUUUCGAUAAUUUUGGGUUAGAUUAAAAAAAAAAUGUCUCAGAUGUGAAGAAAUGACUGAUCUACAAACAUGAGAUAACGUGUAAACAUUUGGGUGGACGAUGUUAAAAGAUGAUUUUUAAGAAAACAGAUGGAUAAUGACAUGAUUUGGUGUUGAAAUAUGACCAUGCACCUCUGUCACAUGUUGCAUUUAACCACAUGUUUCAUGUGCAAUCAGCGCAAGACGACCAACGUUGACUUUUUGUCGUUGCAGCAAAUGGUUCUUCUACUCUCAUUCCACAAUGUAUUAAUGCAACAGAAGUUAACUAGACACAUUUUUUGUCUGUUUUAACACCAGAGCGUCAGGAAGAAAAAAACAGAUGCAUAGAAAAUGUGUACAUACUUUAACCAGGGUAGUCUAAAAAGCUGUAAAUCUUGUGAGCACUUUUGGGCAUUUUUGUUUCUUUCCCUUUGUAAAUACUACUAGCAUUUCAGGUGUCUGGGUUUACAUGUCUGGUUAUAGUGCAAUAUAUUUUGUAUGCAAGCAGUUUCAAUAAAUAAAGGUUGAU